GAGGGAGGAAUGAUAAGGUGGUGGGGAAGAGCGCGCCAGAGAGAGAGGGACGAGCCACGGUGGUCGAGUCCGCUUCGACAGUCCGCGUGUUACCCCCAGUCGUGACGGAGGGCCGCGAUUCCUCGACUUCCGGUCGUCCUCGUACGCGCCAGAUUCUACGCAGAAACAGCGUCGAACGGUUCCGCGAGACCCAGUGAAACGGAAGUGAUGCUUGAACCAGCCUGGGGAUCUCAGUGAAAUUCGAUCAGGGGAACGUAAUCUGCUGAAACUGGCCUACUCCUUUGGAUUUCGGCGCAGAUUCGGUAGCAACGAGCAUCCCCAGGGAAAGCUGAUGCAGAGGUGGAGAGAAGGACCGUGGGUCCCAGCCGGCUGAUCCAGCCAUCGCGGGGGUGGCGGGGGUUGGUGGGUGUUGGGUUUGGGCGAUCGCGAGGAUCUACGUGGGGAGGAUCGAGAUUGGCGGGCUUUGAGGGGCGGGUGUUCCAAGGGACCCGGCAAAUGUGGCUCUGUGUACGGUGAGCCGGGGUUACGGGGGCCGCGGGGCCCGUGGCGGCGGGGGUAGAUCUCGUGGCGACGCAAGCGUGAGGCUACCCCUGAGUCCUCGCACUCUGUGCGCCCCUGGGGCCGGAGGAGGCGCACAUGCGCAAGCACAAGGCACUGGGCCAGUCGCAGCCGCGACUGCCGCGAUCGGCCCCCCUGGGACUGGGAACAAUCCCACGGGGACUGCCAACGACGAGGGAUCCGGCCUUCCAGACGAGCCGAUGGUACACGUCGAGAGGGCCUUGCAACAUGGUACCUGGAUAUGCUGCAUGCCGUGUUACUGGCUCCGUAGAAGCAAGGCCGUGCACAAGGCGUUGCUCACGUUCGCCAUGCUGCUCGUCACCAGUCUGCUCGUCACCAGCCCUGUCCUCUUCCUCAUCACCACGCUGCCCGAGGGAGAGCAGCCACGCGAAUGCGCACCCCUGGACGAAGCCUGCAUCAGGGAGCGGGAUGGUCCAGAGGGUGUUUGCGACUCGAAAGCCUGCGAGGAAGCCUCGAAGCGGAUGGUGGCGUUCAUGAAGAAGGGGGUGGAUCCUUGCAAGGACUUUUAUCAGUUCGCGUGCGGCGGUAUUCGCGAUCAGCAACCCUAUCAGCCCAGCUCGAGCUUCAACAUGCUUCAGGCGAGGAUCGACGACCACCUUCACAAGCUGUUGGCGAACAAGACAGGUCACAUGGUUGGCGUGUUCGAGAAGCUGGGCCAGUUUUACAGCGACUGCUUGGAAUUCGAGGAGAAACCCGUCAAUUUUACACCCGUUUACGAGCUUUUACGCGAACUCGGCGGCUACCUACCCCCGAAGAGCAUCGCGCCAACCGACAUUACACCGCUAGUCUCGAGGCUGUUGAGGGUGAACGGCGCGCCGCUCUUCGACUUCUACGUGGACGUGGAUCUUUACGAUCGCACCAGGUCGUCCGUCUUUCUGGAUCUGCCUACCAAGCAUCAGGAAAACGCGUUCUUCGCGGAGAACCUGACCGAAGGACUGCGAUGGGUGAAGACGUACUCGAUGAUGGACAAUCGGCAGAAGAGAUCGGUCCACGAGGAAAGUCGUGCUUACACCGUGAUAAAGAACAAGAUGGAGGAGCAGAGGUCGCUGAGGAUCCAGAAGAUCGUCGAUGGCCUGCUGCCCACCACCAUGGAUCCGAAGGAUCGAGCCUCGGAGACCGAUUUGCUGUUGCAGUUCUGUCUGUCCCUCAGCAAGAUCUAUCCGAAGCACAAAGAUCUCUACAACUGGGUAGACGUCGACCAGAGGGUGUACGUCCCGUUCAACAUGUCCUAUCUCCAGGAGAGCUUCGGUUAUAUAAGGUGGGGGACGCUGCUGAACGCCACUUUGGGCGCUACCACUGCCGAUCUCUACAAUCAUAGUCACAACCGGGGUCGAUCCGCCCAGGCCUUCGAAGAUCAGCUGAUCUACGUUUACGUCACCGCUCCUCGUUACUUCCGCAGCCUUGGCAAACUGCUGAAUCGAUUCUCCAGAAGGAUUAUCCACAAUGGACUGCUGUUACUGUACGCGGUGGACACGCUACACGACAUAGUGAACGUGACCGCCAGCAACAACUGGGAUCUCUCUUGCUUCAAACUGACGAAGAACGUGUUUAGCGAAAUCGUGGGCGCGCUCUACGUGCAGCAGUACACCCCACAGCAGCUGGAGACGCUGGCAAACAGGGUGGCAGGGCUGUUCGAGCGCGUAAAAGAAACAGUGGCUGAGCGAAUCCUGGUAAAGUCCUGGCUGGACGAGGAGACGAGGACGCAGGCGUUGCUGAAGCUGAACUCGCUGCGGGGAAGAUUUCACGUGUGGCCUGGUUUCUUCAACGCGACUCUGCUGGCCCGCGAAAUGGCCGAGGUGAAGGUCGAUCCUGACGACUUCUUCCGCAGCGUGCUGAAGCGGUUCAGACAGAUACGCACGGUGGACGACAAGGUCCUGCGGAGGAACGUGACCGAAAAACGCCGCCAUCCCUACAGUGUGACCGCCUACUACGAGUCCUCGACGAAUACAAUCGGUAUUCCGUUGGCGAUGAUGACUGCUUGGUCGUGGUCCUGGGACGGUGGUCCCGCGUUCGCGGCUCACGCGACCUUAGGAUCGGUGAUCGGUCACGAGAUCCUCCAUGCCUUCGACCUCCAUCGACGUCGAUUACCCCUAGAUCCCGACAUGAACGUCGAUCAGUGGCUCUGGAUCACGCCAGAGUCCUGGAAGAGGCUGGAAGCGAGGAUCGAAUGCGUCGCUAGGCUCUACGCCAGGAGCUUCUGGAGGAAAGUGCAGUUUUACGGGAACGAUGUCGCCGUACAGUUCGACUGGAACGUGACGAGGAACGAGAACGUCGCGGACAUCGGAGCCUUGCAGAUUUCUUAUAAAACCUGGCACACUCUGACGAACGGGAAGGAUCGAAGCCUUCCCGGAUUCGAGGGACUCCGUGCGAGCCAGCUUUUCUUCAUAAGCGCCGCCCAGACUUAUUGUUCUAAUAUGACUGCCGAGGCCUACAUUCUCUCCGUUGAACUAGAUUAUCACACGCCUCAGCCUGAAAGGGUCAACGGUAUAAUGAUGAACUCCCAGGCAUUCGCGGACGCGUUCCGUUGCCCGAUCGGAACCAAGAUGAACCCCCCGAACAAGUGCACCACCUGGUGAUGAUCAGGCGCGGGCAAUCGUUCGCCGAUUACGUCAGACUUCAUUCACAACACCAGUUCUCGAUCAUUGGGAUUCGGCUUGGAAAGGCGGCGUCUUGCAGUUGGAGACCAAUGGCGGCCUGGAUUGACCAAUUUUUCAGCAUUUGUCGAGCGAUCCUGCGUCGGAGGGAAUCGAUUCAGGAGUCCUAUCCUGGACGAUGGAGGAACAACAUCCACCGAGCAGAGCGCAAAAAAAACGACGAGGAUCGACGAGCACCGUGUCAUCACCGUUGAAUCGAUAUCGAUCGCGACGACGAAGGAUCGAUCGAUAGAGUAUGCUUGUUGCGAUGAUCCGAGAGUCCAAGGGUUCCGAUCCCCCAAUUCGGUCGUCGAGGCAAAACUUGUUCAAACGCGCCAUUAACGUUAAUAUCUCUCCCUAUGACGCUUUAGAGGACCUUAGAUUUACCAUAGCGAAAGCAAUAAAUUAUACGGAGGAACAGACGAGAGAGAGAGAGAGAGAGUGACAUAUUACGCAAAACGAAUACCAAAAAAAGAAAAUAAAGAAAAUAAAAAGAUGACGUACACGCAAGAGUAAACACACGUACACACGCAGAAUAAGCAGUUUAUAAAACGCUUCGGUCGUUCAGUUUGCGACCUGUCCGGUAGAUGAUGAGCUUGCUGGCGGAAGUAGCGAUCGACGUUGUUUCUUAGAGGCAGGACGUUCGAAUAGGGAGGAAAGAAAGAUUCUCGAGGAGUGUGAGGAAGGAUGAAUUACUUUGUAACGGAGAGAGUGGAGUCGAAAGGAGCGGCCCUAGCGAGGGCAGGUCUUGGCAUUAGGACCUCAGAGAUUAGUACUGAACAGAGAUCGGCAAAGUUUCGUUCGAACAGUUUGAAAAAAAGCUCUUUUACUCGUUGUUGGAAAUUUGUAUCUAGAAUUUGCCCGUCUCUGGUACCUGCUCUUUGGGCUCGAAUGAUCGUUAGGGAAGGAUCGAGGAUCCCUCGAUCGAGCGUUUCGCGAGGCUGAGGGUCGAUAAGGGUUCUGUGAACGGGGCAUGGUGAACGCGAACUGCAACUGUUUACGAAGCGAAUCUAUUUAGUUUCUCGCGCACCGAUUGUCUUCGCCCUUGUUAGUCUGCAACGUCUGUAAAUAACGUGUCCCCACCUCAACACUUUUCAGUUUAGUUUAGUCGACUUGGAGCAACAUCGGUGCACCUCACCGAUAAUAGGAAGCAGCGUUUCCCAAACUAGUGGUCCGAAAAAAUACUUCACUAUUUUUGUAUCUCUGUAAUUUACAUUGACGUCAUUUUUGUUCGUGCACAAAUAGAUCCAAUGAUUGCUUGGUACAAAAUAUUUAUUGCAUCUUCCAGGUAUUUUAUCGAAGAUGUUUCGUCUAUUUACAUUUACGGUUCUCCUCGAUUUUCAUUUUAAAAACAACGUAAUCCCGAAGGGAUGAAAGUGUUCUUUAAAUCGUUGGGGAACGCUGGUUUAUCGACCAUGUCGAUUAGCGCGCGCUUUUAUUCUCCUGUAUUUCGCUCGGUUCUUCUCCGUACGGACACAAAACUCUUCGAUUAACGCUUCGCUUUUAUCCGUGACACCGUUUCGCUCGGUUCUCGAUGGAAGAUCGGGUUUCAUUUGACUCCAGUCGAUCCCGACGAGCAGCUCACUCCUCGCGACACCGAAAAACCCACCACGCCUCUCGUGUUGCGAAUCGGAGGCCACGCUCGCCUCCCAAGAUACAAAACUUCGAAUCGUUUGAUUCCAAAUCGAGCCACAAACAAGUAUAUACGUGCUCGACGAGUUGCUACUAAUUCUUAGUACUUUCAUGGCUGAUAUUAACCGACGCAGAGGAUUUGACACAUCGAUAACAGUUUUAAAUAUUUAUCAAGACAUAGGUAUUGAAAACAUUUACUUGAUACUAUAUAAAAAUUAAUUUUCUCUACCGAAUACUACUCCAUUGCAAACGAAAAAUUCAAAGAAAAGAGCUACUUUCAAACGUCCUUGGAACGUAACGUGCGUGACUUGAUAUGCCCUGAAGAGCAGCAAUGCUAGGGCACCUCGGUUAAUAUCAAGCAUGAAGAGAGCCAUGAAAGCCCGAGGUAUCUCAGUAGAUUACAGGACAAGCCUGAUGGGUGCUAAAUAGUUAAACGCUGGCGAUGCAAAGCGCACGUUCCUUUUCAACAAUCCUCGCACGAAAUCUCGCAGCACCGUUUUCGCCUACUCGAUUCCGAAAUUGUCGCUUGCAACGCAGUGCGCUGUUCGUCGCGACGCUCAUAUCUCCCUUGGUCGUCGAACGGGGAACCAAUUUCCGCGGACCGUUGAAAUUUCAUCGUCGUGAGCCGACGGCUAGCGAAGGUUAUUACAAUUUUAGUGCGUUUACGCAAGGAUCGCGAUCUGUGAUAUUCUUAAGCAGUACUUAAGCGACUGGGACCCUGAAGAGGCUGGGUUUUCGAUGGUCAAGCGCGGCGAGGGAGAGGAAAUUGUUUUGGUCGAGCCCAUUGCCGCGCUUGAACAUCGUCGACGACGCCUUCGACGUCCCUGGUCGAAUCGAAAGCAUAAAAGUCACGUUAUUUAAACACCGUUGUAAAUGUAAAUGGCUGAUAACUCAUAUGGCAAAUAAAUAUGGUUUAUAUACA